AUGGCAAACAAAAAGGGCGCAAAUGCGCACAACAGUCAGCGCAAUGCUGCGUCUGGCGCAUCUUCAGCAUCUUCUUUGAUCAUAUGCCGUAAUAAACAUUGGCGAUACAUCUCAUCCUUUCACGGCCCAUGGCUACAACUACCGCCCGAGAUCCUGGAUUCGCUUGCUCACCAGAACUACACACAACCACUACCGAGGCUGAUAGAUCCUGCUGUCUUCUAUGAUGUAGUCAAGAUUCGACGCGCAAUUGACGAAGCAACAGAAGACGCCGUACGCGCUUCCAAUGGAAUGUCGACUACUGCCAUGAAUGGCUCGCUAAAUUAUCUGGAUCCUUUUGGACAAGGUGGACCACAAGCCCCCAAGAUGAGCAAGGAACGAAUAUACAAGAUACGCCAAAAGGCUGCACGAUUGCUGUCUAAAGCUUAUGCAUUGGACGAGGUUGCUGCGAGUGUUGCGACCAUGCAAUCCGCAUCUUCUCUAGAGGAAGUUGCUUUGCAUGUCCUCAGGCGCGAUCAGACCGACACAGAAGCCAAAUAUGUUCAUUUCUUCCAUGAAAAGAUUCCUUCCAGGAUGAUGGAGCAGUACACACCUUUGGAGCCACUGGACGAUGUCAUCCUGAAUCUGCCUUGGGAAAAGCAAGGUGCUCCCUUACGCACUCGCGCACUCGUUCAGAUAUUCAAGGGUCAGUUCGAGGGAGCCGCAAGUGAUUUGACGCUCGGGCUCAGGAUAGCACAAGAGCUUAAGAAGAUUCACAGACCUGGAACUGAUCAAUUGGUGUUGGCAAAACACUACAAAGAAGAGCAAGAUCGUUGGAACAAGAAUGGUAGGGAUUGGAGGCAAGUGCCACAAUUGAAAGAAGAGGACCAGCCGAGCAGUUUGGAACAGCAAAUGCUGUUCAAUCGAGCCGGAGUCUACCUCAGCAUUGCAUGUCAGAACGUUCACGCUGCUCUGGACGGUUUAAAAGAAGCGCGAUCUAGGGACGAGGACGUAGGAAAAAUUCCCAUGUCACCGCAAGAAAAAGAGGCUCAUCAAGCUAGACUUGAUGCGCGCAAGAUUGUCAAAACUAAUGCGAAGAAAGCCCUCAAGGACUAUCUUGCUUUCCUUGGUUACUUCGACUAUACACCUGGUCUACCUGUAGAAAUCAUCGAUGAGAUCACUCGCAGAAUCAACGACCUGACGAACGAUAAUAAACAAACGACUAUCCAUCGCAACCGCUUGCUAGAGUGGAACAGUCACUCAUCUUCAGGAAGAAGUAGCCCCACGGUAAGCUCUCUCUUUUCGCAUCAAUCGACUCAAACCUCGGAUUCUGGCUUGGAGUGGGAUGCAAAUGGAUGGCCUCGCAUUCCACAUCGAAAAGUGUACCCUGCUUCAGCUCUGUUUGCCGAGAAGCCGCUAUCCGAUCUACCAGUUUUUCCUGUACCUGAGAACACGAGAUUAGACGACAGUCCGUUGUCAGUGAGCAACUAUGAAGCCGUCACAUAUCAUCCUCUUCUCACCGAUGCUCUACACUCAUUACUGUUGUGUCACGCCCUUAUGCAGACCUCUCCAACCGAGCUUCUACGACACGCCCAUAAUGCUGCUCGUCUUGCGCGUCUCGCAGACGGCUAUCCCAUUUUCCAGGCCGCUCGGUCGCCAGCAAGAGCUGAUUGGAUUGAGGUUUUGCGACGUGCCAACAACUGGAUUGGGUUGUCUGAAUCCUGGCAGGUUCUAUGUCAGCCAGCUCCUCUGGCAACCCAGCCACAGCCAGAGCCCGAUGUUACAGUAGGUGCGCAGAACGGUACGGUAACCGCCAAACACAGCAUCACAGAGACAGAGGAGCAGAAGCAUGAGCGUAGAAAGCGAGACGCCAUCAUUGAAGCCAUGGGCGACGAGCGCGUAGUCGACGAAGAAACCUUCCAAAAAGCCGUUCGUGCUCGCGAACGUAGAGCGAUGGAGGAUGAAGAAGGAAUCAGUGGGCCUUUGCACGACGUAAACGGCAACAAUCGCGGCGCUUCUGUUCAUAAACGCUGGGCACAAGAUGAUGGUAAGGAGUAUCCGAUCUCGACUGAAAGGGCUGAAGCUAUUUGUCGGUGGAUCAAGGAGGCACCACGCAGCAUGGGUGUCAAGAAGAAGCGGCCUGUCAAGAAGAAGAAGGUGCCCGUUGCGAAUGGAACGAGUGCAGUGAUUGAUGGGUUGAAGAGUAUGCAUGUGCAUGAGUCUUCUGAACAAGUUGACUGA